CCACUCAUCAACAAAUGAUACAGCGGUGCAGUGAGCGGUCAUGUGAAGAGGACUAUGACUAGUAGCUGUAAAUUGUGAUUAGUGGUGUUUGUGUCGUGAAGCAGUGUUAAGAUCUUGUUUGGUGAAGGUGAUAAAUUGAGACUCAAAAUGGCGGACCUCGAGGCUGUCCUGGCAGACGUCAGCUACUUGAUGGCUAUGGAGAAGUCGAAAUGUACUCCAGCAGCACGAGCUAGCAAAAAAAUAGUUUUACCUGAUCCAAGUGUUCGGAGUGUUAUGCACAAAUAUAUGGAGAAGAAGAAUGAAGUUAAUUUUGACAAAAUAUUUAAUCAAGUUUUAGGUUAUUUAUUAUUUAAGGAAUUCUGUGAACAGACGUCAGAGGAGCCUGUGCCACAAUUAAAAUUUUAUGAAGAGAUAAAAUUAUUCGAAAAACAGGAAUGCGUAGAAGAGAGACGGCGGAUAGCGAGAGAUAUUUAUGACAAUUUUAUUAUGAAGGAACUAUUAGCACAUUCACAUGACUACUCUAAAGAAUGUGUAGCACAUGUACAAAAAUAUUUAAUGAAGCACGAAGUACCACCGAAUCUAUUUGAGCCCUACAUUGAAGAAAUUUUCCAACAUCUACGAGGGGAACCGUUUAAAAAUUUCUUAGAAAGUGAUAAAUACACGAGGUUUUGCCAAUGGAAGAACUUAGAAUUAAACAUACAGCUUACAAUGAACGAUUUUAGUGUGCAUCGGAUCAUCGGUCGAGGCGGCUUUGGCGAGGUUUACGGGUGUCGGAAAGCGGACACAGGGAAGAUGUACGCGAUGAAGUGUCUCGAUAAGAAACGUAUCAAGAUGAAGCAAGGCGAGACACUCGCUCUCAAUGAGAGGAUUAUGCUCUCUCUAGUCAGUACUGGGGUCGACUGCCCUUUCAUCGUAUGUAUGACGUACGCGUUCCAUACGCCCGACAAACUCUGCUUUAUUCUGGACCUUAUGAAUGGCGGAGACUUGCACUACCACCUUUCGCAGCACGGCGUCUUUAAUGAAGCGGAGAUGAAGUUUUACGCUGCUGAAGUUAUUCUUGGCCUAGAGCACAUGCAUAAGCGGCACAUAGUGUACCGUGAUCUGAAGCCGGCAAACAUUCUACUCGACGAGCACGGCCACGUGCGGAUAUCCGACUUGGGGCUCGCAUGCGACUUUUCCAAGAAGAAGCCCCACGCUAGCGUCGGUACACACGGUUACAUGGCACCAGAAGUCCUCUCAAAAGGCACAGGCUAUGACUCCUCAGCAGAUUGGUUCAGUUUCGGUUGCAUGCUGUACAAGCUUCUUAAGGGGCACUCGCCAUUCCGCCAGCAUAAGACCAAGGAUAAGCAUGAGAUCGACCGGAUGACUCUUACUAUGACUUAUGACGUAUUCCAGAAUGUGGAGUUGCCCGAUUCGUUCAGCCCCAGCCUCAAGAGUCUGCUUGAGGGGUUACUGCAGAGAGAUAUUAAUAAGCGACUCGGGUGCAAGGGCAGAGGUGCGGACGAAGUAAAGGAGCAUGUGUUCUUCGCGGGCAUCGACUGGCAGCAAGUGUAUCAUCAGAAAUAUACACCCCCGCUUAUCCCGCCACGCGGCGAGGUCAACGCCGCGGACGCCUUCGACAUUGGCAGCUUUGAUGAGGAGGACACUAAAGGCAUUAAGCUAACUGAAGCAGAUCAAAUGCAAUACAAGGACUUCCCUUUGGUGAUAUCGGAGCGCUGGCAGGCUGAAGUCGCAGAGACCGUGUUCGAAACAAUCAAUCAGGAGGCGGACAAAAUGGAGCAGAAAAGGAAGGCCAAGCAGAAGCAGAAGUUCGACGCAGACGAGAAAGAGUCAGACUGCAUCCUGCACGGUUAUAUCAAAAAACUUGGCGGCCCAUUUGCAAGCGCGUGGCAGACACGCUAUGCUAAGCUUUACCCGAACCGACUUGAGCUGCAUCUUGAGAACAGUGCCAAGCCUGAGAUGAUCCUUCUUGACACGGUGGAAGAUGUGUCCUCCGAUCUCGUCUCCGUCAAGGGUGAACAGUGCAUCGUACUGCGAACCAGAAACGAUACUAAGAUUGUGCUUACCAACACGGACGAAAUCGGGCUAAAGGAGUGGGCGACCUCGCUGCGGUCGGCGCACAAGUGCUCGCAGGAGCUGCUGGCGUCGAUGGCGAAGAAGGCGGGCAAGAUCUAUGGCACAGACGGCGCCAAAGAACUGGGGUUGGCGCGGCCGCCGCCGCCGCAGGCCUCGCCGGCGCUGGCGCGCGCGCCCAACGGGAGCAACUAGCACGAACUUGCGCCCAACAAGGGCGCCAAGAUGUUCCGCCGCUCCAAGAGCGCCGCGCAGCUUAUCAAGUGAAGUGCGCAGUGCCGUGCGGAACGUGACUCAGUGCCGAGUACCGAGGGUCGAGUGUCGAAUGUCGAGCGGCGUGCUCGAGUAGUGCUAGUGUCUCGUGUCCCCGUAGCCGGGCUGGACCGCUCGCGAGUCUCGAUUGUGAUAGAUAUUACGUGCUACUACAAUACCGCGUCCCUGCGCUCGGGCGCUCGCAGCGCCAAGGACCAUAGUGAGUUUAGGACUGCCAAUUAUUACUAAAUGAAUGCUGUUCGCAUUUUAUUGUUGUACGAAUUAAUGUGAUAGGACCCGAUCAAACGUAAUAAAAUGUAUGAUAAUAUUUCGUUUACCUACAGUGAUUUUCGAUUGUGGAUAAUAAUAAACUUUUGUAAUCAUUUGCACCGAUUGAAUUUUGUAAUUAUUAAUGUAACAUUCUGGAUGUUGUAUUUAACUUUAUAGUAGGUAUUGUAAAAAUUUAAUAACUUAUAAAUCGAGUAGAUAAGUAUAGCGAUUACUUAUGUGUUUUGUGCAAUAGGUCAAAAAAUAAUAAAUUUAAAAAUGCAAGUAAUGGUCGAGUCAAAUAAUGAAAUAUUAGUCUUGAAAAUUUUGCGCACAAUGUUCGUUGUGCGUUUAAUUAUAGAAGCUUCGACUUGUCGAUUUGUAUCGUAAUUAGAAAUUCUAGCACUUCGUUUAAAUUUCCGACUAUUGCACUCGUAACUCUUUAUGUUAGCAUUGUAUCAGAUGGCUCUCUGUGCAAUUAAUUUAUCGAUUGACAGUUCCUGUAAUGAACUAACACUAGGAACUACAUAUUUAUUUAUUGAAUGAAUUAAAUGGUACUUAAGCAUACACUACUCAAUUUUGUGUUCGGAACCAACUAUUAAGUUUCAACAUUGUCUAUAAUAUAUAAAACCCAUGUAAGUAGAUCCUUGUAAUAUUUAGAGGCAAUACUUUUCUAACAAACAUUUAUGUGUGGUGAUCAGUAACAAUAGUCGUAUAUGCAAUAUUUAGAAAAAUUUUAAAAGCAUGUUCAAUAUUCAUGAAUUUAUGUGGGAAUUUAUUUUAAAAACUUAGUAUUUAUUCCACUGAGAAUUUUAUUAUGGCCUGGCCAAAAUGACAUUUUGUACGUUGUGUAUGUUUUAUAAUAGCAAUGCAAGGUUUCUUUCGUGUUGUUGUCUGAUGCAGAUUUAGUUUCCUACUGCUCUUUGACCAUGGCAUAUAUUAGAAUUAAUUUUAUAAAUAUUAAUGUACAAAGUAAUACAAUGGAAUCUAAGCAAUACAAGUAGUUAUAAUAAAUAGAUCACAUAGCAACUUUUAUUAUUUACUAUAUCUAGGAAUCAUUUAUCAUGUAGAAAUUUAAUGGAGGACCUUCUGUAUAUAUUAGCUUAAUGCAAAUAAUAUAGGUGAAUUUAUAAUAAGAUUAUAAUUGAUAUUGCUUUGCUAGUAAUUUCUUUUUCAUCUGAUGUGUAAUGGAUGUAGGGUAAGCAUAAUAAUUAUGGACAAUUAAAUAUGUAUUACUAUUUAAUUAUUGUUUUGUAAAUGAUGUGUAUAGUUAGUAAAUCAAAAUUAGGCGAAAA